AUGAUACAACAGCUUAUGAUAGGAAAUGAUAUAACAAAGGCGAUAAAACUUGGGAGGGGUUGUCUAACUUAUUGUGGACCAUCGACAUUUGGAUUGGAUUUGAAACACCCUCCAUUACAAUAUCACCAUCAAGGUCUAUAUUUCCAUCAACAUCGGAAGAGACAUCUUCAUCAAAGCUAUCGGAUAUCAACACCAACUACACCAAUACCAAGAUGGUUGAAAAGUUUAGAAUCAAAUCAAAAUCGAACAAAAGAUGAAUUAAAUAAAUUAGCAACGAAUCAAAAAGAAGCAAAAUUGAAAGAAAAGUUUAACAAAGACUUAAGGAAUGAGAUUGUAAUUUAUGAAUCGAAGGUUGAUGGUUUAGAUUCAAAUCGAUCACCUAAUCGAGUUGGAUUCAAACUUGUUAGUUUGAUUGUGAUCAGUACUUAUGUCGCACAACAGAUUAGACAUAAUGGAGCAUUUCCAAUUUGGUUAGACUCUAACAGUCAAUGGUCUGAAUAUCAAUUACAGUUAUUGGAUUCAAAAAUUAGAUUUUUAAUUUCAACUAGCAUUCUAAGCUUUACAACUUACAAAUCGUUGAGGUAUUUUUUAACUCUAAGCCAGUUGAGUGAUUUUUGUCAAAAGAAAUACGAUAAGAAAGAUUUCGAUUCCAAUAACAAGUUCGAUAAAAUCUUUAAAUCAAAUCAAAUUGACCCCCAAAACACAUAUAAGAAUGAAUUGAAUUCAAUCCUCAGUGGAAGGUCUUUGGUUGGAAUCAAACCAAUUAAAUCUAGUUUACCGUUUUAUUUACCUUCGGAUGGGAAUUGGGGAUCUUUAGAUCCAUUGAUUGAUGGGAAUUCAAUUCAAUCUUCUUUCCUUUACAAGAUACCCAAUUUUACGGCCUAG